AUGCCUAAUGCAAUGUCCGAUGGUCCAAGUCCUGUGCGACUCUCACCCGCUUCUUCCCUUAAACGCAGAGCUUCACCCUCAUCCUCCCACUCUUCCGGCCCUAGUCAUCAAUCUCCCCCAUUAUCACCCGAAAUAGGAUACAACGCUGCUCAUCAAUACUCCACCAAUCCACCGGCGUCUGGCGGUACUGCAUCUGUCCGACGACGUGAAGCGAACCGACUUGCAGCUCAGCGGUUCAGGAGCCGAAAGAAGGGAUAUCAAGAUAGUCUAGAAGAGAGAAUCCGAGUGUUAGAAUCCGAGAAAGAAGUUCUGAUCCGACAGGUCGAUGAAAGUCUCUCUCGUACCGGUCACCCUUCCACAUCCCUCCAACCUCGUUCCUCUGAUCUUCGUCAUGCCCAAGCAGAUGGUGAUGGUGUAGACGGAGCUCAUUGGCCUGGAAAACGCAAUUCCAAUCCUACUCAUCGAUCGACCUCGCCUGAGCGUAGAGAAACUCCUCUUGAUGCGGAUGUUCGUAUAGCUUCGCUCGAAUCAGCCAAUAGACGACUGCAGGAUGACGUACGGAAUCUCAUAGAGGAGAAUGAACAGCUAAGAGAUGAGAUGGUCAUCAUCCUCGUCAAUCCCAUCGGUCGGAUAUGGUGGAUGGCGAUUCUCAUGAUCGUUCUUAUCGCCGCGAUAUGGUGGAUGGAGAUCAUUUUCCUCUUAUGA